AUGUACUUAUCCAAGGAGCAGCAGCAGCAGCAGCAGCAACAGCAGCAUCCCAGAGCCAACUUCAUUAAACUUUUCAUUGCGUGCAUCUUCAUUGCCGCCGCGACGGCUGCAGUGAUUCCUGUCGAACAAACCAGGCACCGUCGCGACGUCUCCGAGAUCGUGAACGAUUACGUCCCGCCAGCAGAGGAAGUUGCCCUCGAUGCUCCCCUCGGAGAAAUCGCCCAAGAGUCGGCUGUCGUGGGAGAGGAUGGAUACCGCUACAAGACCGUGCGUCGCCUGAAGUACCGCCAGCGUCGGGAUGUCUCCGAGAUCGCCAACGACUACCUGCCCCCAUCUGAAGAGGUUGCCACUGAGGCUCCUCUUGAGGAAGCUCCCGUCGAAGAAGCCAGCCAGGAUUCCGCUGUUCUCGCUGAUGAUGGAUACCAGUAUAAGACCGUGCGCCGCCUGAAGUACCGCCAGCGUCGUGAUGUCUCCGAAAUCGCCAACGACUACCUGCCCCCAUCUGAGGAGGUUGUUGCUGAUGCUCCAGUCGAGGAGGUUCCCGUUGAGGAAGCCAGCCAGGAUUCCGCUGUUCUCGCUGCUGAUGGAUACCAGUAUAAGACCGUGCGCCGCCUGAAGUACCGCCAGCGUCGUGAUGUCUCCGAGAUCGCCAACGAAUAUCUGCCCCCAUCCGAGGAGGUUGUCACCGAGGCUCCUCUUGAGGAAGCUCCUAUCGAAGAAGCCAGCCAGGAUUCCGCUGUUCUCGCUGCUGAUGGAUACCAGUAUAAGACCGUGCGACGCCUGAAGUACCGCCAGCGUCGUGAUGUCUCCGAGAUCGCCAACGAAUAUCUGCCCCCAUCUGAAGAGGUUGCCACUGAGGCUCCUCUUGCGGACGCUCCCGUCGAGGAAGCCAGCCAGGAUUCCGCUGUUCUCGCUGCUGAUGGAUACCAGUAUAAGACCGUGCGCCGCCUGAAGUACCGCCAGCGUCGUGAUGUCUCCGAAAUCGCCAACGACUACCUGCCCCCAUCUGAGGAGGUUGUCACCGAGGCUCCUCUUGAGGAAGCUCCCGUCGAAGAAGCCAGCCAGGAUUCCGCUGUUCUCGCUGCUGAUGGAUACCAGUAUAAGACCGUGCGCCGCCUGAAGUACCGCCAGCGUCGUGAUGUCUCCGAAAUCGCCACCGACUACCUGCCCCCAUCUGAGGAGGUUGUUGCUGAUGCUCCAGUCGAGGAGGUUCCCGUCGAAGAAGCCAGCCAGGAUUCCGCUGUUCUCGCUGCUGAUGGAUACCAGUAUAAGACCGUGCGCCGCCUGAAGUACCGCCAGCGACGUGAUGUCUCCGAAAUCGCCAACGACUACCUGCCCCCAUCUGAGGAGGUUGUCACCGAGGCUCCUCUUGAGGAAGCUCCCGUCGAAGAAGCCAGCCAGGAUUCCGCUGUUCUCGCUGAUGAUGGAUACCAGUAUAAGACCGUGCGCCGCCUGAAGUACCGCCAGCGUCGUGAUGUCUCCGAAAUCGCCAACGACUACCUGCCCCCAUCUGAGGAGGUUGUUGCUGAUGCUCCAGUCGAGGAGGUUCCCGUUGAGGAAGCCAGCCAGGAUUCCGCUGUUCUCGCUGCUGAUGGAUACCAGUAUAAGACCGUGCGCCGCCUGAAGUACCGCCAGCGUCGUGAUGUCUCCGAGAUCGCCAACGAAUAUCUGCCCCCAUCCGAGGAGGUUGUCACCGAGGCUCCUCUUGAGGAAGCUCCUAUCGAAGAAGCCAGCCAGGAUUCCGCUGUUCUCGCUGCUGAUGGAUACCAGUAUAAGACCGUGCGACGCCUGAAGUACCGCCAGCGUCGUGAUGUCUCCGAGAUCGCCAACGAAUAUCUGCCCCCAUCUGAAGAGGUUGCCACUGAGGCUCCUCUUGCGGACGCUCCCGUCGAGGAAGCCAGCCAGGAUUCCGCUGUUCUCGCUGCUGAUGGAUACCAGUAUAAGACCGUGCGCCGCCUGAAGUACCGCCAGCGUCGUGAUGUCUCCGAGAUCGCCAACGAAUAUCUGCCCCCAUCCGAGGAGGUUGUCACCGAGGCUCCUCUUGAGGAAGCUCCUAUCGAAGAAGCCAGCCAGGAUUCCGCUGUUCUCGCUGCUGAUGGAUACCAGUAUAAGACCGUGCGACGCCUGAAGUACCGCCAGCGUCGUGAUGUCUCCGAGAUCGCCAACGAAUAUCUGCCCCCAUCUGAAGAGGUUGCCACUGAGGCUCCUCUUGCGGACGCUCCCGUCGAGGAAGCCAGCCAGGAUUCCGCUGUUCUCGCUGCUGAUGGAUACCAGUAUAAGACCGUGCGCCGCCUGAAGUACCGCCAGCGUCGUGAUGUCUCCGAAAUCGCCAACGACUACCUGCCCCCAUCUGAGGAGGUUGUCACCGAGGCUCCUCUUGAGGAAGCUCCCGUCGAAGAAGCCAGCCAGGAUUCCGCUGUUCUCGCUGCUGAUGGAUACCAGUAUAAGACCGUGCGCCGCCUGAAGUACCGCCAGCGUCGUGAUGUCUCCGAAAUCGCCAACGACUACCUGCCCCCCUCUGAGGAGGUUGUUGCUGAUGCUCCAGUCGAAGAGGUUCCCGUUGAGGAAGCCAGCCAGGAUUCCGCUGUUCUCGCUGCUGAUGGAUACCAGUAUAAGACCGUGCGCCGCCUGAAGUACCGCCAGCGACGUGAUGUCUCCGAAAUCGCCAACGACUACCUGCCCCCAUCUGAGGAGGUUGUUGCUGAUGCUCCAGUCGAAGAGGUUCCCGUUGAGGAAGCCAGCCAGGAUUCCGCUGUUCUCGCUGCUGAUGGAUACCAGUAUAAGACCGUGCGCCGCCUGAAGUACCGCCAGCGUCGUGAUGUCUCCGAGAUCGCCAACGAAUAUCUGCCCCCAUCUCAAGAGGUUGCCACUGAGGCUCCUCCUGCGGACGCUCCCGUCGAGGAAGCCAGCCAGGAUUCCGCUGUUCUCGCUGCUGAUGGAUACCAGUAUAAGACCGUGCGCCGCCUGAAGUACCGCCAGCGUCGUGAUGUCUCCGAGAUCGCCAACGAAUAUUUGCCCCCAUCUGAAGAGGUUGCCACUGAGGCUCCUCUUGCGGACGCUCCUGUCGAGGAAGCCAGCCAGGAUUCCGCUGUUCUCGCUGCUGAUGGAUACCAGUAUAAGACCGUGCGCCGCCUGAAGUACCGCCAGCGUCGUGAUGUCUCCGAGAUCGCCAACGAAUAUCUGCCCCCAUCCGAGGAGGUUGUCACCGAGGCUCCUCUUGAGGAAGCUCCUAUUGAAGAAGCCAGCCAGGAUUCCGCUGUUCUCGCUGCUGAUGGAUACCAGUAUAAGACCGUGCGCCGCCUGAAGUACCGCCAGCGUCGUGAUGUCUCCGAGAUCGCCAACGAAUAUUUGCCCCCAUCUGAAGAGGUUGCCACUGAGGCUCCUCUUGCGGACGCUCCUGUCGAGGAAGCCAGCCAGGAUUCCGCUGUUCUCGCUGCUGAUGGAUACCAGUAUAAGACCGUGCGCCGCCUGAAGUACCGCCAGCGUCGUGAUGUCUCCGAGAUCGCCAACGAAUAUCUGCCCCCAUCUGAAGAGGUUGCCACUGAGGCUCCUCUUGCGGACGCUCCCGUCGAGGAAGCCAGCCAGGAUUCCGCUGUUCUCGCUGCUGAUGGAUACCAGUAUAAGACCGUGCGCCGCCUGAAGUACCGCCAGCGUCGUGAUGUCUCCGAGAUCGCCAACGAAUAUCUGCCCCCAUCCGAGGAGGUUGUCACCGAGGCUCCUCUUGAGGAAGCUCAUAUCGAAGAAGCCAGCCAGGAUUCCGCUGUUCUCGCUGCUGAUGGAUACCAGUAUAAGACCGUGCGCCGCCUGAAGUACCGCCAGCGUCGUGAUGUCUCCGAAAUCGCCAACGACUACCUGCCCCCAUCUGAGGAGGUUGUUGCUGAUGCUCCAGUCGAAGAGGUUCCCGUUGAGGAAGCCAGCCAGGAUUCCGCUGUUCUCGCUGCUGAUGGAUACCAGUAUAAGACCUUGCGCCGCCUGAAGUACCGCCAGCGUCGUGAUGUCUCCGAGAUCGCCAACGAAUAUCUGCCCCCAUCCGAGGAGGUUGUCACCGAGGCUCCUCUUGAGAAAGCUCCUAUCGAAGAAGCCAGCCAGGAUUCCGCAGUUCUCGCUGCUGAUGGAUACCAGUAUAAGACCGUGCGCCGCCUGAAGUACCGCCAGCGUCGUGAUGUCUCCGAGAUCGCCAACGAAUAUCUGCCCCCAUCUGAAGAGGUUGCCACUGAGGCUCCUCUUGCGGACGCUCCCGUCGAGGAAGCCAGCCAGGAUUCCGCUGUUCUCGCUGCUGAUGGAUACCAGUAUAAGACCGUGCGCCGCCUGAAGUACCGCCAGCGUCGUGAUGUCUCCGAGAUCGCCAACGAAUAUCUGCCCCCAUCCGAGGAGGUUGUCACCGAGGCUCCUCUUGAGGAAGCUCCUAUCGAAGAAGCCAGCCAGGAUUCCGCUGUUCUCGCUGCUGAUGGAUACCAGUAUAAGACCGUGCGCCGCCUGAAGUACCGCCAGCGUCGUGAUGUCUCCGAGAUCGCCAACGAAUAUUUGCCCCCAUCUGAAGAGGUUGCCACUGAGGCUCCUCUUGCGGACGCUCCUGUCGAGGAAGCCAGCCAGGAUUCCGCUGUUCUCGCUGCUGAUGGAUACCAGUAUAAGACCGUGCGCCGCCUGAAGUACCGCCAGCGUCGUGAUGUCUCCGAAAUCGCCAACGACUACCUGCCCCCAUCUGAGGAGGUUGUUGCUGAUGCUCCAGUCGAAGAGGUUCCCGUUGAGGACGCCAGCCAGGAUUCCGCUGUUCUCGCUGCUGAUGGAUACCAAUAUAAGACCGUGCGUCGCCUGAAGCUGCGCCACCGCCGUGCCCUGUAA